AUAGGUGCGAGAGAGACAGAGCGACGAAAACGACUCUCGGAAUCAGUGUGCUGCAGAGUUCAACUUAUCAAGGUCGAGUCGGUACAGCUUCGUCGCUCGGUGAGGUCCUCAUAGGCACUGCACACGUCAUCAUAACGCUGCUAGGCCUCUUGCACACGCCUGCACUAUUGGAGGUCUCCAAAAUGGCUAAUCGGUGCACCAUGUGCGACAAGAAGUUCACCUUGUUGUCAUCGAUGAGAAGGCACAUUCGCUCUCACACCGAGGAGAAGCCUUUGGAAUGCUCUGUCUGCAACAAGAAGUUCAUUCAAGGUGCAGACCUCAGAAGUCACAUCCGCACCCACACCGGUGAGAGGCCUUACGAAUGUUCCGUUUGCAACAAGAAGUUUUCUCAACCUGGGCACUUCCGUAAGCACCUCCUUGCACACACCGGCGUUGAGCCUUUGAAAUGUUCGGUUUGCAACAGGAAGUUUGUUAAGGUUGAAAACCUUAUAAGGCACAUCCGCCGCACUCAUACCGGGGAAAAAACUUUGGAACGUUCGGUCUGCAGCAAGAAAUAUAGAACGGCUGGGCAGUUAGGGAGCCACGUCCUUACCCACUCCGGCGAGAAGACUUUCGAAUGUUCAGUCUGCAGCAAGAAUUAUGGUACGGCUGGACAGUUAAGAAGUCACCUCCGUGCCCAUACAAGCGAGAGGCGUUUCGAAUGUAUGGUCUGCAACAAGAAGUUUUUUCAAGGUGUACAUCUUAAGGUGCACCUUCGCAGUCACACCGGAGAGAAGCCUUACGAAUGUGCGGUCUGCGAUAAGAAGUUUACUCACGUUGGACACCUAAAUAUGCACCAUCGUACACACACCGGCGACAAGCGUUACGCAUGUUCGAUGUGUAGCAAGAAAUUCCAGGAUGGGGGACAUCUUAAAAAGCAUAUUCGCACCCACACCGGCGAGAAAUCUUUUGAAUGUUCGAUCUGCAAUGGGAAAUUUCGGGAAGCUGAUCACCUUAAAAGGCACCUUCGCACCCACACCGGUGAGAAACCUUACGAAUGUUCGGUCUGCAACAAGAAGUUUAGUGAGGGUGGUACUCUAAAAUCCCACAUCCGUACCCACACCGGUGAGAAAAGUUUCGAAUGCUCGGUCUGCAACAAGAAGUUUAGAGAGGAUCGUACUCUAAAAACCCACAUCCGUACCCACACCGGCGAGAAGCGUUUCGAAUGCUCGGUUUGCAACAUGAAGUUUGGUGAGUCUGGUACCUUGACAAGGCACGUUCGUAUCCAUACCGGCGAGCAGCCUUACGAAUGUUCGAUCUGCAACAAGAAGAUGCGUCUAGCUGGACAACUAAAAAAUCACCUUUUGCGUUACCACACCGACGAGAAGCCAUUCGAAUGUUCGGUCUGCAACCGGAAGUUCAUUGAAGCUACAGUCCUUAGGAAGCACCUUCUUAUCCACACCAGUGAAAAGCCUUUCGAAUGCUCCUUCUGCAACAAGAAGUGGAGAAAACCCGACGACCUCAAAAUUCACCUACGCAUACACACUGGGGAGAAGCCUUUCGAAUGUAUCCUCUGCAACAAGAAGUUCAGUGAUGUCUCACCCCUUAAAAGACACAUCCGCACCCACACCGGUGAGAGACCUUACAAAUGUUUAGUUUGCAACAAGAAGUUUACUCAAGCUGGGCACCUUAGUAAGCACCAACGGACACACACCAGAGAGAAGCCUUUCGAAUGUUCGGUCUGCAAUCAGAAGUUCAAUGAAGCCGAAAAGCUCGAAAGUCACGUCCGCUCGCACAUGGAGGGGAUACCUUCCGACAGUAGGGAAACAAUCCAAGACGACACCCUGGUAUCAACCGCACAGGUGUAGCGUGUUCAAUUUAAAGAACAUAAUUGGUUCCAAUUAGCUUUUCGGAAUGGUUCUCUUACCGCAGCCCGGCAUUUAUUUGGACCAAUUUUACUGUUUGUUUUGUAAUAUCACUGCAAAUUUGUAAGUUUAUUUAUAAAUAAAAGAAAAUAUAUUGUAUUUCAA